CCUCCCUCCAAGCGUCUUGACUUCGCCCCUGCAAAGGAAACAGGAAGUGACGUGAAGGGAGCGCGGCGCGUGAACGACGCGGCGUCAGGAAGUAGUGGAGUUGCGGGUAGAGACGUGAUAGGCAGAAAAUCAACUUUGUAGGCUCAACAUGGAACCUGAAGAUUCAAUUUCUCCUGAAAAAUUAGUUGAGGGUUUGAAACUCUCAGAGGAACAAAGCAGUCCUUCACAGCCAGAUUGUAAUAACGUGCAUGUCCCCAAAAUCGCCAAAGAAGGAGUGAGUCAGCUGCCUCACUCUGAGUCCAGAGAAGACGAAGACCUCUUCCAUGACUGUAAUGACUCUUUUGAAGCAGGAGUGGCAGAAGAGAAUCACAAUAAUAAUAAGGCAGAUCCUUUAGAAAAUGAAAUAGAGCUAGAUGAAAAGGACUUAAUAGAACUAGAGAAAAAUAUGUCUGAGGAAGAAAAACAGAAGAGAAGAAAUGAGAGCACAAAAUUAAAAGAAGAAGGAAAUGAGCAGUUUAAGAAAGGAGAAUAUAAAGAAGCUGAAGAUGCUUAUGCAAGAGCUCUGCAGGUUUGUCCAGCCUGCUGUAACACAGACAGAUCCAUUUUGUAUUCAAACAGAGCUGCAGCGAGAAUGAAACAGGACAAGAGGGAAAUUGCCAUAAGUGACUGCAGCAAAGCCCUGGAAUUAAAUCCAAACUAUAUCAAGGCAUUGCUCAGGAGAGCAGAACUAUAUGAAAAAACAGAAAAGCUGGAUGAAGCUUUAGAAGACUACAAAAACUUGUUGGAAAAAGACCCAUCAAUCCAUCAAGCAAGAGAAGCUUGUAUGCGAUUGCCAGGACAAAUAGAAGAACGCAAUGAGAAACUUAAGGAAGAGAUGUUGGGCAAACUGAAGGAUCUGGGCAACUUGGUUCUGCGUCCUUUUGGCCUAUCAACAGAGAACUUCCAGGUGAAACAGGAUUCCUCAACUGGCUCGUACUCUAUCAACUUUGUUCAAAAUCCAAAUAACAACAACCGAUAACAUAAGCCCAACCCACUCCUGGUAAAAAGUGUGGCAUUGGAAUUGUGGUGUUUCAAUGAAUGCAGAAAGAGGGUGAAUUAAAACUUUUAAGGCCUAACAUCUUUAAGUAUGAAGAUUUGAACAUAGUCUUAUGCAUUUCUCUUCUAUGAGGUACUUUUUACAGGUGUGGGUGAAUAGAGUGAAGUGGUCUGACUUCCGCUGCCAUCUUAGAUGCACUUUAUUUGGGCACUCGUUAUCCUCCCUUGUGAUGAAGGGGGAGGAGUGUUUGGCUUUGCUAAAUAGAAGAAUCCAGUGUUCCCAUACCUGUAACUAAAGUACAACCAUUUUGUGUGUUCGUGGAGUUUCCAGCAUAUGUGCAUAAAUGAGAGGGCUGAUCCCUUUCUAUUGAGAGAGGACAAUUUUGCUAAGUGUAAUAAAGCAUUGAUGGUGUUGUGGUCUGCA